AUGCCCUCGCUCUACCUGCUUCUGCUCCUCCUCUCCCUGACAAGGCCACUUGUAUGUCACGCCAAGGUCGAUCUCGAUCUUGCGCGCCAGCUCAUGGCACCUCAGCUGCAGGCCAUUGCCAAUUUUCUGGACGCUUACGAUACAGCCCGGAGCACGCUCCAACCAGCGGCGCCCUUGCCUGCCUCCUCAGCCGGCUCUGCUGCUCCAGCUGCUGCUGCCCGGGGCCCGACACAAAGCCCGGGCCCAAUCAUUGACAAAUGCAUCUAUGAUCUCAAUGAGCUAUUCCCGCGCAUCCUACCCCCCGGGGAUCAAAACUUUUCCCACCGCAACCUGACCCUCAACGGCCUGCGCAUGGUCGAUGCCUGGGGCAAGCUUCCGGCCGGUGUCCUCACCAGCCCACCUUCCAUCCAAAUGUUCGGUGACUAUGCCGAAUGCAUAUCCUUGCACCCGCCGAGCAUCCCACUCCAAUUUUGCAUGGUGGAAGGCUUUGAGCAGGUGACCCCCAAUGAAACCCAUGUCCUGGCCGCUGAAACCACCCAGGUGGCCUCGUGGGGCAUCUGUCUCCCACGCUCCUGCAACGAGCCCUCAGUCAAGUCCCUGGUCGACAACGCCACCGCCACCUACCUACCUGGCCUCUUCUCCUCCACCACAGUCCACUGUGCCCGCAGCCAACAUGUGACUCCGGGCAAUGCUUCCGUUUUCAUCGUCCUCGGCCUGCUCGUCGCGCUCGUUGCUGCCGGCACCGGCCUGCACCUCUGGCUUACCCUCCGAAGCCGACUCUGGGCCCCCAAGCUCUUGCUCGAAGAGAAUGGCUAUGCUUCGCCCCGCGCAGAUGGCACGGCCUCGAAUCGCUACUCUUGGGCACGCGCUUCCGUCUCGGAUGACCCCAACCAAGUAGGUGACCCCUCCCCAUACCAGCGAAUUGUAUCCCCGCCCAGCUCUCAGCCCUCCUCCAGUGAACCCCUCUCGCGCGACGUCUUGGUGGAUCACCCCGCCAAUGCCGCCAACGCCGCCAACGCUGCCACCCGUGACCAUUACGCUUCCACCAAUGGCCCGGUGAACAGCACAGGCCCUGGCCUUCAGACCCGUCGUGCUGCCCCUCUGAGCAAUGGCCAUACUGGCAGCAACCACAGUAGCAUGGAAGAGGCUCCAGUCACCGCCACGGUGGCAACGCCGACAGCAGUUGACGUUGGGCCAAAUCGCCUUGCGUCCAACUUGGCGCUCACCCGCUCUCUGCCGGGCUUUCGUCAGAAAAGUUUGGCAGCUGGGCCGGGUGCUGGUCGUGACUUGCGGCUUAGCCCCAGCACUCCGCGCUACGAAUUGGAUCUCGCCGCCCCGCCCACCCCAAGCGAAGAGGCAGAGGAUCAAAGUCACAUCGAUGGCUCUUCCGAACACGCGCCACUCCUCAAACGCAUCUCCUUCGACGGCCUCACUGCCGCCAGUACCCCCUUUCAGGGCAUCACAGAGCCUCAACCGCCCGCCUGGCAGCGCUGCCUGCUGGCCUUUUCGCUCCGCACAAACCUCCCGCGCUUGCUAAGCAUGCAACGCAACCGCCACUCCAUCGCCAUUUUUGAUGGUAUGCGCAGCUUAAGCAUGUUGUGGGUUAUCCUGGGCCACAGCUGGCUCUGGAUCUUCAAACAAUGGCCGCAAAACAUGGUCGCCGUGAUUGCCCUAGGCGAUCGGCUUUCCUUUCAGGCUAUCGCUGCCACCUCAUACGCGGUCGAUACCUUCUUCUUCAUCUCGGGCUUUCUGGUCUGUUACAGCUGCCUGACGGUGCUCAAGAAGCGCAAAACCCUCCCCUGGUUGCGAUACUACCUGCACCGUUACAUUCGCUUGACCCCGUCCUAUGCAUUGGUCAUGCUUCUGUUUGUGAAUCUCUCCCCUUUCCUUGGCGACGGGCCCGUCUUUUACCGCCAGCAAGAGAGCAUGUCCAUGGAUGCUUGCGAAGGCCUCACUCGCUCGUCCUGUGGCUGCGCCAAGUACUGGUGGGCCAAUUUUCUCUACAUUCAGAAUUACUACCCGAGCUCAGAUCCCAACAAUGAGUGCAUGGGAUGGACCUGGUACCUGGCGCUCGACAUGCAAAUGUAUUGGGCCAGCCCCCUCUUGCUUUUGAUCCUCCACCGUCACAAGGUGUGGGGUAUGAUCGUCUGGUCUGUGGCCUUGCUGGCCAGCAUCGUGAUUCCCUUUGCACUGGCCUAUCACUACCACCUCUCUGCCAACGCCUUGCCGGGCGUACCGGGGGAACAUUUUACCAGCCGGACCGAUCAGGGCAACAUCUUUUCGCUCAUCCAGAAUAAGCCCUGGACGCGCAUGGCGCCCUACCUCAUGGGCAUCAUGCUUGCCUAUCACCUGACUGUCCGCCACAACUCGUACAGCCCCCAGCUGCGGCUCAAGCCUGCCCUUCAUGCGGCCGGCUGGGCGGUGAGUGCGGCUCUGCUCUUCAUCAUCAUCUAUUGUGCCACCGGCUUUCAAGCGCGACUGUUCGACUACAACUUUUCCCAGUUUGAGGAUGCCGUCUGGAUCUCCCUGUGCCGUCCUCUCUGGGCAUUGGUGCUUUGCUGGAUCACUUAUACCUCGGCCAUGAAUGCGGCAGGCUGGGUCUCAGACCUGUUGGCUGCCCCAUUUUGGCUGCCUGUCUCCCGCCUCACCUUUAACGCAUAUCUGAUUCACCCAGUCGUGUUGAACACCUUCUUCAACAACCUCCGACAACCGAUUUACUAUCAGGACGGCGUGGCCAUCAACUUUUUCAUUGGCAACACCGUCAUGAGCUAUGCUGCGGCGGGCUUGGUCGCGUUGUUGGUGGAGAUUCCUUUUGCUGAGCUCGAAAAGGUUUUUACUUCCCGCAAAUGGCGCAAGCCAUAA